UAUCAAUAUUUACAACUGGUACUCACCACUCUUUCCCCUAAACCAAACACCCCUUACCACCUUUCAUAACAAAUCAAUCAAUCUAUAUAUAUAAAUCAUAUAUCAAUCAAUCAGUUCUUGUAUGUUAAUGGUGCUUGCUGUCUUUUCUCUUUCUCUCUUUCUUUAGAUCCCCCCAGUCAUUAAAGAAGGAGUUUGAACAGGGAAAAGGCUUUAAGCCCCUUUUCAUCCCGAAACCCUAAUUUUUCUCCAAUCCCUAAUUAUUACAACCCUCAUUUUCAUUAAUCAUUGCUCAAUUCAAUCAACCUACGUUUAAUUCGAGAUCUUGGAUCAAAGAAUGUCGCUUUUAUCGAAAAGCGAGUCGAUUCGUAUACGUAUUCGAGAGGUAUGGAAUGAUAAUCUAGAGCAAGAAUUCGAUAUUAUACGAAACAUUGUUGAUGAUUUUCCUUAUAUAGCAAUGGAUACAGAGUUUCCAGGGAUUGUUCUUAGGCCUGUAGGGAAUUUUAAGAAUAGUAAUGAUUAUCAUUACCAGACCUUAAAAGAUAACGUUGAUAUGUUGAAAUUGAUACAAUUGGGGUUAACAUUUUCCGACGAAAAUGGGAAUUUGCCGAAAUGUGAUGAUAAUGACGACGACGACGAUGAUACGUAUUGUAUUUGGCAGUUCAAUUUUCGUGAGUUUAAUGUGAAUGAUGAUGUUUUCGCGAAUGAUUCAGUUGAGCUUUUGAGGGAGAGUGGUAUUGAUUUUAAGAAAAAUAACGAAAAGGGUAUUGACGCAAAGAGAUUUGGGGAGCUGUUGAUGUCAUCUGGGAUUGUGUUGAAUGAUAGUGUGUAUUGGGUGACAUUUCAUAGUGGGUAUGAUUUUGGUUAUUUGUUAAAGGUUUUGACUUGUAAGACUUUGCCUGAUACACAAGUUGGGUUCUUUAACUUGAUCAGUAUGUAUUUUCCAAAUAUAUACGAUAUUAAGCAUUUGAUGAAGUUUUGUAACAGUCUUCACGGAGGAUUGAACAAGCUAGCCGAACUUUUGGAUGUUGAAAGAGUUGGGAUUUGUCAUCAGGCUGGUUCCGAUAGUUUGCUUACUUCGUGUACGUUUAGGAAGUUGAAAGAUAACUUCUUUAGCGGUUCGUUGGAGAAAUAUGCUGGUGUUUUAUAUGGUUUGGGUGUUGAGACUUGACAGCCCCUUGCAGUUGUUUAAAGAAAAUAAGAAAAAAAAAUUAUAUGUUAAAAAAAAAGUUGGUAGUUUAUUUUAAGUUACAGUUUGUGUUGUAAUGGCUCCACAGCUUGUACACUUUUUGAGGAUAAAGAAAGGUUAAUUUAUGAUUCUUUGCA